AAGCAGAGAUUUUAUAUCUUAUCGUAUAAAUACUUGCGGCAGGCGAAUACCGACUCGACGAUUUAAUGCGAGAUAAUAAGUCGAAGUCGGAACCCAACCUAACCUAGCCUAACGUAUCCUAACCUAACAUCGGCUUCCAGUCAAGUCCGCGGUAUCUCUUACUAUCAGGAUUAUUAUUAAGGUCGUAUAAAAGUCAGAACGUUGAAACUUUGUGUCUCAUUUCUGUUAUCAGUUUACAUUUUAAGACUAAAAUUAAGUAUCAAUUGUUACAAGGCUACUUAUUCGAUGCCUAUCAUCCGACCCUCACGUGGACGGUGCCGAUGAUAGAUAUACUUACAUCCGAUUUAUCAUCCGCGAUACUCGUUCGUAAUUCGUAUGCGUGCAUCGAUACGGCCAAUCUGCAUCCCGCAGAACCGCCGAACAGUCGCUGAUUAGUCAUGUAAACAAUUCCAAGGAGCGUGCACAUGUUGUAUUUACAUUUAUUAUUUGGGAGCUUCUUCAAACAAUUAGAUUGUGAAACGAUAUGCGGGUACAAACUCCUUCUCCUCCUCCGUCAGAAGGCUGUUGCAGCUGAGGAUUUCAACCUUGUGCUUAUCAGAAAUAAAUUGAUAUCAAGCGACGUGGUGGACGCAGAAGAACCAUAGAGCAUCGUGUACAUUUUUUAAUUAUACAAACUAAUUAUCGUUAUCCGUGACAUUUUAAACGAUUGCAACGAGCCAGCAUGUUCGACCUCAGCCAUGAUCUUGAAUCGAUAGACGAUGCGGAGGAGGUAGAAGAGCUCGCCAUGACGUCCUUAGCUAAACUUGUUUUUGUCGACACUCAUUCGAGAAGCACUCAAAACGGUGCUACUGAAUCUGAGUCUGACAAGGCGCUCUCUUUAGCUUUUGAAAAUUUGUUUCAUAUGCCGUUCGACAUAAUAGAGACCUACGGCAGCACUCUUGGAACUCUAGACAUCAGCUACAACAAGUUUAGUAGAAAUCUCCAGUUCUUAGCUGAAUUUGAUAAUAUGACGUCGCUAAAUCUUGACCAUAACAACAUAGAUUCAUACACGAUAUUUCCGCCGUUGCCAAAGCUCCAACUGCUGUGGUUAAAUCAUAAUAAAAUUGAAGAUUUGUAUCCAUUCGUGAAAAAUCUUCGUGCCAGUGUGCCGAAUCUUCGCUACCUAUGCAUGAUGGGCAACAAGGCAGCGCCGAGUUACCUGAACGGCGGAUCGUUUUACGAAUACUUACAAAGCAGACUGUUCGUGAUAUCAUGGUUUCCACAUUUGGUGCAUUUGGACGACAGAGCCGUGACACCUGAGCAAAGAUUGGAAGCCAAGAGGCUUUUUAAAAGGCCAUUGUUUGACCAAAUAGCUGAAACGACACAGGUUCCAGAGUGUCUCAAGCACUUACACAACAAAAUGUCGAGCAUACUCUCUAAACCUGCACUGCCAGUAAGGUCCAAAGUUCCAAAAGGUUCUAAUUUUAUUAUUUAAUGGAGUAUUAAAAGAUUUCAUAUCGAAAACCUCGCCCUUUUUUACAUAAAAAAUAAAACUACGUAACGCAGGUAUACGUAUGUAGAACGAGGCUGCGGUAAUGCGCGGUUCAUAAGACUGUCUGACCGGUACACUUUAUAUUAUUACUGAACAAUGAAAUGAAACAUUGAGUCGUUAGUAUACACACCAGUGAUCCGAUGUUAAAACGUACACGUCUCUGUUAAAGGUUGAAACGACUCUUCGUUGUUAAUUUAUGAUGAAAUUAAUCGCCCCGCACAAUCCAUGUUAUGAGAAACGAGAAAAAAAGAACGAUCUCUACGGUUCUGGUUUGCAAAAAUUCAUAUAUCGAUGACAAAUAUAGGUACUAUUUUUUUACGAAAACAUUGCUUCUAUAAAAUUAUAGGGGAUUUACUGUAUUUAUAAUAAUUAUCAAACAAAAUCGCGGGUCAUUAUAAA